AUGUUACCUCUUUGGUGGCCAUGUCUCAUUCUUGUCCUUCUCAUCAGCAAUGUCCAAGCACAACAAUGCGACAACACAUUCCCCGGCAACUUUUCAGACUUUUCAGCCAUUCUCAUGGACCAACGAGUUUACUUGACGGGUGGCAAUUCUGAUACAAUUGACGUAUGGUCACUGGAUCUUUCCACAGGCGUUGAUCAAUCAUGUCCUCAUUGGGAACCACCACCAUCCGAUACAUCAUCUUCAUCAUCAUCAUCCAUCACAGUGGCUCCUUAUUUAUAUGGUGUUGCCUUCGCAGGCCCAAACGAAUCUAUCUAUGUUCAAUCUGGGGAUCGUGGUACGACUGAAAUGGACAACAUGGUCGUUUACAACAUGUCUUCUGCUUCUUGGCAUCAAGCUGCCGUGGACGCCACCAGCCAAUUGCCACAAUCACGUGCAGAAAUGUCAGCUACUGCAAAUAGCACAACUCAAGUCGCUUGGUUUUAUGGAGGCCGAUCCACCGAAGAAAGGCAACAAGCGGGUGAACAACUUUAUUAUAAUGACUUCUACAACUUCGAUAUGCAAACAGGUGUAUGGAGUUGGCCAACGAUUCGAUACGCUUGGGGACAACGACCUGCACGAUACGGACAUAAGGCGGUCUUGGUAUCAGGACAAUUAUUUAUAUUGGGUGGCAAAACAGCUAUCAGAAACGUCUCAGAUGAUUCAUGGAUCUUUGGUGAAGCUGAUUUCCAAAGUGUGCUUGUGUUUGACACCAUCAAAAACAAGGCUGUAACAAUGGCGACCAUUGGUGACACCCCAGAUGGCAAAUUGGACUUCUCGGCUACAUUAGCACCGGAUGGCAAAUCAAUCGUUGUUUUCGGAGGCAUCAAUGUUGAGCAACCAACCGAUCAAAACGAAGAGGAUCAAUCGAGCCAUACUGUUUCCCAGGAUCUCUUUGUACUCGAUGUAUGCACAUUGAGUUGGUCAACACCUAUGGUGACAGGAACAGCACCAUCAGCACGCGCAGGCCAUGAAGCAGUGACCUAUGGGAAUUACAUGCUGGUCAUGAUGGGAUAUGACUCUGAUGGCAACUUUGUGAAUGAUAUUGGGAUCUUGAAUUUGGCUACAUGGGAAUGGGUUGAUAGUAUACCAGGAGACGAAGACGAACCACAACCAGUGCAACCCGAUUGCCGAUUCACAUUUCCUCAUAUGCCUGACAAUGGAGGUGAUAAUGGCGGCGAUGGUGGAGAUGAACCCAAGGUUAUUUCGAAUCCAAAUCAAUCGAAUCAUACCACAGCCAAAGCAGUCGGCAUUUCAUUGGGUAUCGUUGGGUUCCUUGCAUGUGCUGGUGCUGCAGUGUUUUUGUUUUUACGCUAUCGAAAGAAUGCUCGUACCCCCAAUCCACGAUGGCUACCACGACCUUCCAUUAUGAAAAAAGAAACAUCAUCAUCCACUCCUCCUCCUCCUUCAUCAACAACCAACACCGAUCAGCCAAAUCCGACUAUUACGACCACCACCACUACCAACAAUGAACCCGCCUAA